CGAGGUUAACCCCCCACAACACAAAACCAGAAAAAUGGUCUUUGCUUCUUUGUAUAUUUUUACACACCACCCUUCCAACUUCUUUCUUCCGCAGUCCUCUCUCUCUCUCUCUUUUUCGGUAAACCACUUUUGUCUACCCCAAAUGCCACUUCUUCUUGUACUAGUACAACUCCAUUAAACCCACUCACCAUAAAACCAGAGGAGCCCAGACAUGCAUUUACAUCUUCCACUAUUUCAUCUUCCCUUCCAAUUUUCAUCCACCUCUUCAAGUUUCUUCUUCUUCUUGUUGGGUUUUUCUCAUUUUCUCUUUAAUUGAAAGGGAGAUGAAGAGGUCACCUAGUUCUUGUUGCUCUUCUUCUUCCUCUUCUUCAUCUUCAUAUGCAGGGCCUGAAACUCCCCAUCUGAACCAGGCAGAGAAUCAGAAGCCCAAGGCCAAGCGGAUUAGGAAAAACCAGAACAACCCAACAGAGAAAUGCCAAAAUGGCACCAACCCAAACACAGGAGGGGGCAGAAGAAGCUCCAUUUACAGAGGGGUCACCAGGCAUAGAUGGACUGGAAGAUUUGAAGCUCAUCUCUGGGAUAAGAGCUCAUGGAACAACAUUCAGAACAAAAAAGGACGACAAGUUUAUUUGGGGGCCUACGAUAGUGAGGAGGCUGCUGCUCAUACCUAUGAUCUUGCUGCCCUUAAGUAUUGGGGCCCCGGGACAACCCUGAAUUUCCCGAUGGAAACAUACACAAAGGAGCUUGAAGAAAUGCAGAAGGCUUCCCGGGAAGAAUACCUAGCCUCAUUGCGUCGGCGGAGCAGCGGAUUUUCUAGAGGCGUUUCCAAGUACCGCGGCGUGGCUAGGCAUCAUCAUAACGGAAGAUGGGAGGCCAGAAUUGGAAGAGUAUUUGGAAACAAGUAUUUAUACCUUGGAACUUAUAAUACACAAGAGGAGGCAGCAGCAGCGUAUGACAUGGCAGCAAUAGAGUACAGAGGAGCAAAUGCAGUGACCAAUUUUGAUAUCAGCAACUACAUUGACAAAUUCAAGAAAGAAUCAGAAGAACCUCCUCCCAAAUGCUUCGAUGCCGGACUACCGGAAGACAAAAAAGUCGAGCACAAAGUGCACCAACUACAACCACAACAGCAGCAACAACAAGAACAACAACAAGAACAAUUUGUCCCAACCACCCAACUUCAGUAUCCACAUCUUCUGCAUUGCAUAGAAAGUAAUACAAUGGACCAAGUCAUGGAUGCUGCAGAUGAACACAGGUUCACUUGGAACUUUUUGGACACAGGAUUGAUGGCUCAACUUCCAGUUGCUGACAUCCCUCUGGAUAACAAGCCCUUGGAGUUACCAGACUUGUUUGAGGACUUGCGCUUUGAAGAAAAUUUUGACUUGAUAUUUGGGGCAGCAGGUGAUGCUGAUUUGGGUGGCUUGAUGGAAUCUGCAGGUUGUGGGGUUGGGGUGGGUGUCCCAAGAAACUUGGAGGAUAAUGGGUCAUCUUCUUCUCCUUCUUCAACAACCACCUCUGUUUCUUUUUAACUUUUCUGUUUCAUGGUGUUGAUCCAUUGGGGAGGGUUGGGAUUGUUGGGGUUGGUCUCAGUUUGUUGUGAUUUGAUGUGGGUGGGUGGGCAAGGAAGAUAAGAAAAGAAAAAUGGUUUUGGCUUUUUUUUUUUGUAACUUUAGUUUUGGGGAAAAAGGAAGAAGUUUAUUUUAUGUUAAAGAAAUAGAGGAUAAAAGGAGACAAGAGGUGGGAAUCUUGAUAAAGAUUUUCUCUCUUUCAAUAAUAA